UAUGUCAAAUUAUAUUUUUAAUUCAGAUUAAAAUUAGACGUGAGUAUCUCGUGUGUGAUGCUGCCAUCAAAGAAAAAUUACAAUCGAUUGGCAUUUAAUCAUCAUGCAAUUAUUACAAAACCGUACGACACAAAACAAAACAAAAAUAACAAAAUCCAAACGUGACCAAAUGCAAUUUUUUGAUUAAAUUCUUUGUAAUUUUUUUUUUGUGUAUACCUCGCUGAUUACUGGCAAAAAUACAAGGCGAUGAAAAAAUGUGUGAUUGAAAACCCGGUAUUUUUUAUGCUCCAGAUAAUCCGACACACAAGUACACGAUAAUAAUAAUUUUUUUUUUAAAUCUACAUGCACAGAGUGACCGUGAAAAAAUGAGAGCUAUUUUGGGAAAUAAAGUGAAAAAUCAAUAAAUAAAAAAAAGGAACAAGAAUAAAAAAAACUAAAAGUCGACCUACAAAAAAAAAAAUAGAAAAUAAAAGUGUAAUCGAUAUUUUUUCGUCGUUUUGUAAACUCGUGUCUCUUGUUUCGGUGUAUAUUUCAUCAAUAACGCAAACAUAUAUGAAAAAGGUGCAAAGUUGAGAAAAAUGGCUUUUACAUGUAGGCCAGCGGCAAAAGCCCACAAUUAUCACAUUUGUAAUUGUCAGAGUUGCCGUUACGGGUGUCACGAUUCGUAUAGUGACUCUGCGUCGCGACUAACGUCAAAUAACGACGAAAGUGACGAAGUAUUCCAACCAAAUGUAGUUAGUUCAAUGUUAGUGUUUAGUAAUAAUAAUAAUCAAAGUAAUAUAAAAGAUAACAAAGAAAAAAAUUAUGUUAGUCAAUUAUUGCCUAAUAAUACUAGAAAAUGUAGAAGUGGUGAUAACUUCGUUGAAAAUCGUGUAAUUAAUGGUGAAGUUGUUGACACGAUUUACGAAACACAUGAUUCCAAUAAUUACUUAGUUGAUCACGAAUUUACCAACAACUGCAGCGCGAAACGGGUGUGGAAAAAUGCUAGUGCUAUCUUAAGACAAAAUACGUUCCUGCUUAUCGUUGUCAGUACAGUUCUACUGCUGACCAUCUCGAGUGGCGUCAAUGCUGGACCAAUUAACACAACUGUCGUACCAGCGACGGCAGUUUCGGAUUUAACGACCCAAAGAAGUAUUUUUAAGGAAGCUAGCCACGAUGGUGAGGAAGCGGAACACGCCAUCGAACGAUAUCCAGUAUUCACAAUUGACUUUUUACGAGUUGAAACGCCUUUUAUCAUAGGAAUAUGGAUACUGUUUGCCAGUAUCGCGAAAAUUGGUUUCCAUAUGACGCCAAAACUGCAUACUAUCUUCCCAGAAUCUUGCCUUUUAAUUGUUGUAGGUGUAAUUGUUGGUAUCAUUUUGUUCUACGCGACAUCGGUGCAUGUCUCGCCGCUAACACCAAACACAUUCUUCUUCUACAUGUUACCACCAAUUAUCUUUGACGCAGGCUAUUUCAUGCCAAAUCGUCUGUUUUUCGAUAAUUUAGGAACAAUUUUAUUAAUGGCUGUGGUCGGAACAAUAUUCAAUAUUGCAACAAUUGGAUGUUCUUUAUGGGCUGUCGGAACAACGGGAUUAUUUGGCGUGGAAACGCCAUUUUUACACAUGUUUUUAUUUUCGUCACUGAUAUCGGCUGUCGAUCCCGUCGCCGUGCUCGCUGUCUUCGAGGAAAUUCAUGUCAAUGAGAUUUUGUACAUUGUCGUGUUCGGCGAAUCGUUACUCAAUGACGCCGUUACGGUCGUCUUGUAUCACAUGUUUGAGGCGUAUAACGAAAUGGGUGUGGGCAACAUCAAGCCCGUGGAUAUCGCGAGUGGAGGCGCCUCGUUCCUCGUUGUUGCCUUGGGCGGAACCAUCAUUGGCGUUAUUUGGGGCUUCGCAACGGGACUAAUUACGCGUUUUACGGAUGGCGUUCGCGUCAUUGAGCCAAUUUUCAUUUUUGUCAUGGCAUAUUUGGCCUACUUGUCUGCUGAAAUUUUCCACAUGAGUGGAAUCUUGGCCAUUACGUUCUGUGGCAUGGCAAUGAAGAAUUACGUGGAGGCGAAUAUCUCACACAAGUCACAUACCACGAUAAAAUAUGCCUUGAAGAUGAUUGCGAGCAGCUCCGAGACGAUUAUUUUCAUGUUGUUGGGUGUUGCGACAAUCAACAGUGGUCACGAUUGGAAUACCUGGUUUGUUAUUCUCACAAUUGUUUUUUGCACGGUGUUCAGAGCUUUGGGUGUUUUGCUACUCGCUAACAUGGCAAAUCGUUUCCGCAUCCACAAACUGACAAAUGUCGAUCAAUUCGUAAUGAGUUAUGGCGGCUUACGUGGCGCCAUUGCCUUUGCGCUCGUUAUGCUGAUCGACGACAAGCAUAUUCCACUUCAACGGAUGUUUAUGACAACGACAAUUGCCGUCGUGUAUUUCACAGUAUUUUUACAAGGCAUCACAAUAAAGCCACUUGUGAGGAUAUUAAAUGUCAAGCGAGCGGAAAAACGAAAACCAACUAUGAAUGAACGUAUUCACGAGAGAUUUAUUGACCACAUGAUGGCUGGCGUAGAAGACAUCAUCGGCAAAACUGGCAACUACAAUAUUAGAGAUAAGUUUAAACGGUUCGACAAUCGUUUUAUUCGUCCAUUAUUGAUUCGUGAUUUGAAGGGAGCUGAACCAAAAAUCCUGGAAACCUAUUCCAAAUUAGCCAUGAAAGACGCCAUGGACUUUAUGAAACGCAAUCCAUCGACGCUAGGUCAAAUGCCAAAUACGGAAUCAAUGAGUGCCCUUUUCCGCAACUACACACAAUACUUCGGCGGAAGGUUUGCUCCCAACUAUAUGAACACAUGUCCGAGCUUUUCAAAUCUGGAGUUGUCAACUCGUAAUUUGGACAUGCAUGAGCUCGAUUAUAAUCCAUCAAAGAAGGAUUUGACAGAUGCUCGAAUUCAUCAUUUGCUGGCUGAGGAGUUGAAACCAUAUAGAAGGCAUCGUCGCCUGAGUUAUAGUCGUCAUGCCGUCGAUGAUCGUGACUUAUCCACACAGGUUAAUUAUAAAAUGCCACUUAACAUUCGCCGGAUGGUGUGUGAUCGAAAGCAUCACAAGAGGAGCAAACGUAACAACAAAGACGGCAGUAAAUCAAACGUCAAGCAAAAUCACGUUUCGUUCCCCGAAUUUGCGCAAAACGGCUCAGCGAAACAAUUUGCGAAUGAUUACUUGAAUGACGUACUGCACGAAGAAAACGAGGGCGAAGAUGAAAUUCAGAAAGACGGCUCACCAAACAACGAAGAAUGGGAUAGUGGUCUCACGUUUACCGCGAAAUCGUCACUUGACGACGGAGGUGAUAGUAGUAGUGUCAUAUUGGACGGCUCCAAACGAAUUUCAAAAGACUUAGAAGAUGAUGCACGUGUUUCUACCCCGACCGCCACAGAAAAGACACUGCCUUGGAAGCGCGACACGGAAGGCGAAGAGGAAAUGGGCAUUAAACAAAACGAGUUUCCUUCGUGGGUCUCAAACAAGGAAUAUCUGGCUUACCAUUCGCCGAGUGCUACUUUCUUAGGUGGUCUGACGAAGCCUAAAGCCGCCCGGUCUGUAAUAGGUUUGUUCCGUCGCGAGAGCUCAACGAGUGGUGCCGACACGGAAACGCCGCAGGCAGGCACCCCGGGCGCCGCCGGCACACCGAUCGUGGGACGCGACAAACGAUCCGCCUCAAUUGCCGGGCCCGCACCAACUGUCUUCGACGAGGAACUCAUGAUGGCACGCUCGCAUCACAUGCAACAAUUUCCGGUAACGGCAUCCCACAGACGCAAUAAUCGACGCGCUUCCAUGCUUGAAAUGGGCGGCAGCACCAUCCCAGAGGAGAGCUGCAAAACACCAUUGUUCGAAGAGCACGACGAAUGGGAGCCCGACAACACGAGUCCCGUCAGUUCGUACGGCAGCGGCAGUAGCGGCAUCGGAGGACGACAUUCGCGAAACGGACGACGAAAUCAUCAUAGUGAUCGAGGAAAGGGAGACGACGACACCGGUUCUGCCGGCGGAGAACAACCGCUCCUGAGCAAGGGCACGCCAAAGUCGAAAAAAUCACGCCUGAGUCCAGGUCCGGGCGUUUCACUGCUCGCCAGCACAUCCACGGACGAGAAUUCAUCCGAAGACGAUGCAGAUUAUGACGAGGGCAAAAUAUCCUGAGAAAUAUUUAUUUAGUUAUAUUUUUGUUUUAUUUUUGUUUUUUGAAAAUUUUUAAUCAAAAAAAUGAAAAUCUUACGAUAUUUUGUCGCAAAAUCACAAUUUACAUCUUACUUAUCAUUAAUUAAUACUUAACGAAGGGUCUUAUGAUUUUAUUAUUUUAAUUUUUUUAACAUUUAUUCCUACAUAAACUUACAAAAAAUAAACUUGUCAAAUUAUUCAGUAUUAUUAGUAAUGUAAAAUUUUAUUGCAUUCAUUAAUAUUUGUUCUUAAAACAAUUAUUUUAAUUAAAAAAAAUAAAAAUUUUUAAUAAGAAGGCUUUAGAAUUUGCACCCAGAAGGACUGACUGACUAAUAAAAAUGGGAAAUUGAGAAAAUUUUCUGGUGCAAAAUUUUUACAUAGCAAAAGUGUAACAUAAAAAACUUAAAUAAAAAAAAAACUAGAGAAUAAUUACUCAAGACAAGUAAUAGAAAAAAAAAAUACUAAAAAAACGAUAAAGCCUAUAAUUGAAAAAUGUGUGAUAAAAGUUAAAUUAUUUAAAAAAAAAAAGUUAAAAACUCAAAAUGUGAGCCUGUAAAAUUGUAAAAAAAAAAUAAUUAGGAAGGCACUCAACAAAGACACCAUCCGAAGGAACUAUCCUUAAAAGAAUAAAAAAAUUAAUAAAAAAAAAAUUGAAAAAUGAGACACGCAUAUAUAGAAGACAAUAGAAUAUUUUAUAUAGUUAAUGGAUGUCGUUUCUUCGUUUUUUAAUGAACGUCUAAGAAUUAAAAAAAAUAACUUUGGGCCUUGUUUCAUCUCCUGUGUAGAUGUUCCUUCGACAUACUCGGUCGCUUCAAUCCUAGAUAUUGACCAAAAAAUUAAUUUAAAAAAGAAAAAUUAAAACGGAAAAUUAGAUAAAGCCUUAAUUAAAUUGAUUGAUGAAAAAAAUUGGAAUCUUAUGAAUUUAUUUAGUUGAAAAAAAAAUGAGAAUUUAUGAAUGAUAAA